AAAUGACUUCAGGAUCUUCAAAACACCAAAACGCUGGACCACCCACCACCAUGGCAACAACUAACUUAACGUCUAAACCAGUACCACAAAGUUAUAGCCAAGCCAUAGUUCCCACUACACAACUCAUGUCUCUCAAACGUGUCCUGGGUAUUCCUCGUGCUUCGUCUAUGGUGACAGGAACCAUGAUUGGUUCGGGGAUCUUUAUAUCAGCGCGUUGGGUUCUGGUAUACAGUGGGUCGGUUGGUUUGGCGUUCUUUGUAUGGCUUUUAUGUGCAUUGGUGUCCUUCAUCGGAGGACUGUGUUGGGUAGAGCUGGGAUUAACCUUUCCCAAGUGUGGUGGUGAAUAUAUUCUCAUUAAACACACUCUUGGAUCAGUUCCUGCCUUUGCCUUGAUAUGGCUUAAAACCCUCAUCACCACGCCCUGUUCAAGAGCAAUUAGUCUACUCACAUUUGCGUCUUAUGUUCUCGGGCCAUUCUUUCCCGGCUGCACCGACCGAGUGGACCUGGUACUUCUUCUGAAGAUCAUAGCAGUCUGGUCCUUAUGUACAUUAUGUCUACUCAACUGCCUGAGUGCUAACUGGGCAACUCGUGUUCAGAUAGUCUUCACGGCUGGUAAAUUCCUUGCUCUGAUGUUACUAAUUGGUACGGGGUUUUAUAGUCUUGCUCAAGGCCACACAUCAAGCUUCAAGGACUCGUUCAAAGACACCACGACUCAUGUAGGAAUGGUUGGACUUGCUUUUCAGAGUGGACUCUGGGCUUAUGAAGGAUGGGAUAACCUUAAUGACGUCAUUGAAGAAGUUAAGAACCCCAAGAGAAACAUGCCAUGGUCAGUUCUCGGUAGCGUUUUCCUGGUAACCUGUUGUUAUUUUCUGGUUAAUUUGGGAUACUUGGCUGUUUUGACUCCACAAGAAUUAAAGGAAUCCCCAGCAACUGCAGUGGCCGUAGUUCAACGUGUGUACGGUUUCCAAGUGGCAUGGAUCGUACCCGUGUUAGUAGCGUGUUCUAUUUUUGGCUCUUCAAAUGGGAGUUAUUUCUCUCUCCACAGGGUGACGCUGUCUGCAGCUCGCGAAGGUCAUCUUCCAGCAGUCCUGGCCAUGAUUCACACCAACAAGAGAACACCUAUUCCUGCUUUGCUGUUAUCAACUAUCACGGCAUGCUUAUUCUUGAUACCAAAAACUAGUACCGUUCAGAAUUUGAUGAAAGUCUUCAGCGCUGCUACAUGGCUGACUCACAUAUUGACGCUGAUUGGUUUGCUGUGGACGAGAUACAAAAGACCUGAUUUACCAAGACCUUUUAAG